CACACAUUUUUUUUCUAAAAUAAUGUAAGAAGCCAAUUGUUUUUAAUGAAAUUGAGCUUAAAUGAAUUGAUUUGUAAAGGAGAUUCUCAGUAAGUUAAUUAGUUGACUACCUAAAUUUUUAUCUUAUUAGUAAGAAUUUGAUUCUUUACUUUGUAAUCUCCUCCGUGAUUUUCCCUGUCCCCUAUCCCGUUUUUGGUCUUAAAAAAAGAGAUGAAUUGAUUUGAGAAGGCCCAGUUAGAAGCCCAAAACUGAAUUCAGAUGAAUUGAUUUUAGGAAGCCCAAAUAUAUAAACAAUUCGGAUCCUCCAGCAUAACCCGAUUCCCCUUUCGGAGCAAUAUUUCACUACUUUCCAAUUUCAAUGUAUUGGGGUUAGCUAGGGCUUCUGCAUAGUACUGAAGGCACAACAAUGGCGUUUUGGUGUAGAAUGAAGAAUUCCAAAAUCAAAACUCUAUCAAUUCACCUAAAGAGGUGUUAUUUUCAAUGCAAUGUUUCCAAUUCGCUCAUUGCCAAUGCCUCACAGCCUUCAAUUCGAGUUGUCGGUAACUCUAGCUUAAUUAUCCCGAAGAGUCCGUUCGGAUUAUCGCAGAGUGUUAGGUGUUUCGCUGCACCUGUACAAGCGAAGACGAAGAAAGAAGAGAAGGAAUCGAGUGGUCCGAGAUUGAAUGGCGAAAUCACUGCAGAUGUUGUUAGACUUGUCUCUGAAGAAGGUCAUCGCAUAGUGUCAGUACGCGAAGCUUUGGAACUUGCAAGAAGUCUCAACCUUGAUUUGGUGGAGGUGUCAGGGAAAGCCAAACCACCUGUCUGCAAAAUUAUGGACUAUCACAAAGAAAAAUAUCAACAAGAAUUAAAAGAGAAUGCUAAAAAAAGCAAGUCUGAGUUAACUUUGAAGAAGGGAAGUUGUAAAGAAGUCCGAUUUGUUGGUAAAAUUGAAAAGAAAGACUUGCAAAUUAAAGCAGAUACAGUUAAACGAAUGAUGGAGCGUGGCUAUCGGGUGAAGUGUACAGCCAUGUCCAUGGGCAAUGAAGUCGAGGAUCUGGGAGCAGUGCUAUCCCGUUUCUCUCCCCUGAUUGAAGACGUUGCCUAUGUUGAAAGUGGACCAAGAGUGGAGAAAAGGCAGGCAUAUGUUGUUGUCAGGCAUGUUAAGUUUGGUCCAUCAAAAAAAGGCUCGGGAAAGAAAGCGUCAAAGGAAUACAAGACUGCCAUCUCUUCUGAUGAAUCAGCAUCAGUAGAACCUGAAAGUCAAAAAUGUGAUGCUUCUGAAUCUAGCAUUGAAAGUGAUGAUGAUAGCUGUCUGGAAGAAAUGACUGAUGAAGAUCUUGAUGGCGCCAGAUCAGAUUGGAGAGUCUCCGGUGCAAAUGGUGAUUCUGAAAAGGUUUUCGAUUUUGCAGAGGGAGAAAAGGUGGGUGCUAAAAGACUAGGUUCUGCAAAUGUUAUUUCAGAUUUUGCAAGCAUGAGAUCUGCACAUGAUUCUUCUCGAACUGGAGCAGCUGUGCCUUUGUCUCGAGGGCAAAGCAAAGAAACAGGAAACACGUUGCAGUGUUCAUCAGGGGAAGAAAAUAGGUAUAGAAGAGAUCCAAGUUCGAGGAGUACAAAGAUAGAAGACACCCGAUUUGAUAUAGGAAGGCAACUAUCAUUGGACAGGAGUACCUUGUCACAUACUAAAGACCUUGGAUCUCAGUUGCUGAGGAAAUCUCCUCUUAAUGGGUCCUCUCCCGAGCAACAUUUUUCUCAGUCUAGUGUUCCAAGUUCUCCAUCCUCUGGUUUUGGUAUUUUUAGCUCUCCACAAGCAGACAGGACUCAGGACAAGGAAAACAAUGUUGCUACACAAAAUAGGUACAAGAAAAGUGAGCAGUUCAAUUCUGGAAGGAACUCCAGUGCUUCUGAUCCCAGAGGUUUACCUAUGGCUAAUGCUCAAGCUAGAAGACCAGAUCUUGGUAGGAGGGAUGGUCAAGGGAAAUACCCGAUCUUUGGUAACAGCGCCAACAUGAAGCCAAACCACAACUCAGAGACUCAACGCUAAGUUGCAGAAAUGACGUGACGUGCUUCCAAAUUUUGUUUCUACAUUUUGAGCAGAGCAAAUAAUCUGAUAUACACAUUAUAUAUUGAGGGGAUGCAUUUGACAUACAACAUCUCGGCUGAUUUUCUCUUUUACCAUGUCAGCCACGCUCGGAAGUCAGAGCUCUGGAGUUGUCUGGUACGACAUUCAUUCUUUUGAAUAUUCAGGAUUUCUUGGUGACAUGUUAUAGGAGAACAGAGAGAUGUAGGAGUUGUAAUAAAAAGAUUUGUUAUUGUUGUGUCAAAAUAUCAAAUUUUGGAAUUGAUUAGCGUACCAGUGGACCUCGGGGCCUCAAAACCGGUGGGUGCAUGCUGGUCCUCCUCAUCAAUUUGUUUGUAAUUCAAUACGUUAAACAUUAUGUCUAAUGUCUAUUGAUAUCUAUGUUAGAGAGGCAAUGAAACAAUCUUCCUCUUUUUCAAAUUAGCUAUAUUACUUUUAGUUUUCCC